CGGGCGCCGUCUAGAGGAAGGCCGAGCAGCCGCCACCACGCUCUCAGUCGCGGCGAGACGCAAGCGAGCCAGGCCUAGGGCCGCGGCGGCGAUGCAGCGACGGCGGCGCCCUCCGCCGCCGGCUUCUCAGCUGCCCGAGGGCUGCGGGGGAGGCGGCGGCGGCCGCAGCGGGAGCGAGGAGGUGGAAGUGCAGUUCUCCGCCGGGCGUUUGGCCUCGGCCGCGGCGGUUUCGGCGGCGGCGGCGGCCGCGCGCAGCACGGAGGAGGAGGAGGAGCGGCUGGAGCGCGAGCACUUCUGGAAGAUCAUUAAUGCCUUCCGCUACUACGGCACCAGUAUGCAUGAGCGAGUGAACCGAACAGAAAGACAAUUUCGAUCACUUCCAGAUAAUCAACAGAAACUACUUCCUCAGUUUCUUCUUCACUUGGACAAGAUUCGGAAAUGCAUUGAUCAUAAUCAAGAAAUACUACUGACCAUUGUGAAUGAUUGCAUACAUAUGUUUGAAAAUAAAGAAUAUGGAGAAGAUGGGAAUGGAAAGAUUAUGCCAGCAUCUACAUUUGACAUGGAUAAACUAAAAUCUACACUGAAACAGUUUGUGAGAGACUGGAGUGAAACCGGGAAAGCAGAGAGGGACGCCUGCUACCAACCAAUCAUUAAAGAAAUUUUAAAAAAUUUUCCGAAAGAAAGAUGGGAUCCUUCUAAAGUAAAUAUUCUGGUACCUGGUGCUGGACUAGGAAGACUGGCCUGGGAAGUAGCUAUGCUAGGUUAUGCUUGUCAAGGAAAUGAAUGGAGUUUUUUUAUGCUCUUUUCUUCCAACUUUGUACUCAACAGAUGUUCCGAAGUUAAUAAGUAUAAGCUUUAUCCCUGGAUCCAUCAGUUUAGCAAUAACCGGAGGUCAGCUGAUCAGAUUCGACCCAUCUUUUUCCCUGAUGUUGAUCCCCACAGUCUUCCUCCUGGUUCUAAUUUUUCUAUGACAGCAGGAGAUUUUCAGGAGAUCUACUCAGAAUGCAAUACCUGGGACUGCAUUGCUACCUGUUUCUUCAUAGACACAGCUCACAAUGUCAUUGAUUACAUUGACACAAUAUGGAAAAUACUCAAGCCAGGAGGAAUUUGGAUAAAUCUAGGUCCCCUACUUUACCACUUUGAAAAUUUGGCAAAUGAACUUUCCAUAGAAUUGAGCUAUGAAGAUAUAAAAAAUGUCGUUCUGCAGUAUGGAUUCCAGGUGGAGGUGGAAAAAGAAUCUGUCUUGUCAACAUAUACUGUGAAUGAUCUCUCCAUGAUGAAAUACUACUAUGAAUGUGUCUUGUUUGUGGUCCGUAAACCGCAGUAACGUUCUCAAGUGGUAUCAGCAGGAAAAGAGUUUGAUAAGAGCAAAUCCUGAAAUAAACAACUCAAAAUCAACUCUCCCAAUGACAGGACACAACCUCAAAUCAGUGGUGCCUUCUUAUUCCUAACAAAAUUUAGAAAUAGCGUCUAUUUUCUUAAUACGUCUAUCGCUUUUUCAGAAAUAUACUAUGCCAUGCAUAUUUGUACUACAGAAGUAAAAAUGGAGGAAAUGUCUUCUUCAAGUAUACAUUUUCCCUGAAGCCCAGAAUUGUCUUUCAGUAGAGAAAACUUUAUCUCCAGUGGUCUUCAUGAAGCUAUCUGUUGCAAGUCUGCCAUAUUAAUGACUACUAGUAUCGAUGUCCCCCCAAAUCUUUGUUUUGUGUGCAUUGCACAUAUUAUUUUUAGAAGAGUCUGAGGAUCCUCUGUCACAUUCAGCAUCUGGAAUUGGGACUUCCGUUUGCUUUGGACCUAAGCAAUCCAUUCAUAAAAUGUGUGUGUGUCCUUUUAAUCACUCAAAUUAUUUUUUUUCUAGCUCAGCUGAAUUUAGAGAAGCAUCAACCAUUUCAUUUUUAUGAAAUGCUGAAUUUAAUUAGAUCACAGGCCAGUAAAAUGCAUUUAAGCAUUCAAGUAACUGAGAGUCUUUGGGGCAUACUAACCUGAACAUUAUUUGAAAGCAUACUCAUCAUGAAUCACUCUGAAAUGUAUGAGAUCUGAACACUCUUUUGUGAGGCACAAAAGCCUUUAUUCAAGGUACUGCUCAGAAAAUGGGGAAAUAAUAAAAUCUCCCAUUUGAAAUGUAUGAUUUUAAACUAGAAGUGAAUACAGUUUGUCAGUGAAUGUUUACAAUAAUGUCUUUUCUUUAAAUUACCUGGAUCACAAAAGCAAGCACUUUUUUUUUUUCCCAAAAACUGUCAUGAUGGUAUUACCGUGGGGAAAUUCUGAAUAUGAAAUUCAGGGAUAACUUACUGCCCGUGGUCUGUGUCUUCAAUAUUGUAAGCAGCAGCCAUUCAUGUAAUUUUAGAUUAACACCACUUUUGUUCCCUGAUAGCUGGAGUUGAAACAGUAUAUGCUGCUUUAAAUUUCUACCUCUAGCAGAUCUUUUCUAUUGGAGGGAGUUUUCCUUUAUAUAUAUUUUUUAUGUUUAUUAUUUUGUUUCUAGUAGCUUGGAAAGCAGAGAUGACUGAUUUGUAACCUUUUCUUGGGAAAAGGAAGUA